AUGUUUAAACUGUUACAGGGACCGUAUGAUGUGGUGGUUCUACCAGGAGGUAAUCUGGGUGCACAGAAUUUAUCUGAGUCUGCUGCCGUGAAGGAGAUACUGAAGGAGCAGGAAAACCGGAAGGGCCUGAUAGCCGCCAUCUGUGCAGGUCCUACUGCUCUGUUGGCUCAUGAAAUAGGUUUUGGAAGUAAAGUUACCACACACCCUCUUGCUAAAGACAAAAUGAUGAAUGGUGGUCAUUACACCUACUCUGAGAAUCGUGUGGAAAAGGACGGCCUGAUUCUUACAAGCCGGGGGCCUGGGACCAGCUUCGAGUUUGCACUUGCAAUUGUUGAAGCCCUGAACGGCAAGGAGGUGGCGGCUCAAGUGAAGGCUCCACUUGUUCUUAAAGACUAGAGCAGUGAACUGUGACGAUCACUUAGAGAAACAGGCCAUUAGGAAUCCAUUCUCACUGUGUUCGCUCUAAACAAACAAAACAAUGGUAGGUU